AUGUUUUGGCUUGAGCACAAGACAAAAAAUCUCCGUGUUCCGAUGCGCUUCGACCACACUUACCAGAUCACUCGCCCGGCCAAGCAAGCGAUCGACUUCGGUGAGAACACGACCGCGCUCGUUAUCAAGGCAGACAAGUCCAUCUCGCGGAAACAUGCCAAAAUCGUCAUUUCUCAUGACAAAGUUCUCAAGAAAAUCGUCGUGUCUAUCCAGGAUGAAUCGAAGUAUUCGUCGAAGGUCAGGCUAAAUGCCGAAGCUGACUGGCGCAAAGUGAUUUCGUCUGAUCACUCGGACAAAUCCUCCUUCAAUUACACAGAGCCGAUCGAGUUAGGGAUCGUUUUUGGAGUCUACAGCACAGAAUUCCAAAUAACCGGGAAACCCCUGCUCUUUUACUGCCCUUUCCCGCCGUCUAAUCCUCAGCUUCCUCAAUUCAUCGCCUUCAAGGAAUUCUCCGUCGAGACCGAGGAAGAUUACGAAUACUUGCUCUACCAAGGCGAAAGAACCGACGAUCUUUUCGCAGAAAAGACACUGCGAGUGAAAGAUGUGCCCCUUGUCAAAAUGGAGUACUUUUUGGACCUGAAAAAAUAUAUCUACAACCCGAAUCAUCCGAAGGAGGACCUCGCCGUGGGAGAGCCGCCAAAGAUCGAGGAAUAUUUCGUCGAAAAGAAGAAGAAAGAGCCUGAAGUGAAGCUGUUCGAAAGUGACGAUUCCGAGAAUGAAGAAGGAUUUAAUAGCGAUCGAUUUGAAGAGGAUCUAUUAGCACCGGACUCAUUUUUCGAAGAUGAAACCGAUGACGAUGACGGGGUAGAUAUUGAUCCGAAUGAGAAGCUAAUGACCGCAGAGGAAUACCUCCGUGAGCACGACAUGGCUGGCCCGUCUAAUCUGGAAUACACUAGUCGCGUACCAGAAACAGAAUUCAACCUGACACGGCAAAAUGACAAGGCCAAAGCCCCAGUUGAAGCUUCAGAAAUGGAUUACAGUAGCUCAGUUCCCGAAACCGUCUUUUCCAUCCCUCCUGCCGUCCGCGCAAAGCCCAAAGAGCAGCCCAUUCUGACAGGGGAAGCACGAAGGGCUGCUUACAGAAAAUUUCUACCAAAAACUCCGGAAAAAAAUUCACAAGCAAUCAACGCAGAAAUCGAGCUUUCCGUGAUCGGCAACACUCAAGAUCGUCGAAUGAACUUUUUCGACGAAGAUGAUGAUAUUCCACUUGCAAGGGAGCACAGAGAACGACUUGCGCGUUACGAGAGAAUGGAGAAACAGAAGGCUCUUGUCAAUAGUCGCUAUUAUCAACCCUCCCGUUCUGGUAUUUCGGCCUCAAAGACCGGUAUGAUCCGACAAACGCCAGUUACACUCGAGCCGUGGAUGCAAGCCGGGUGCUCUAACCACAUUGCUGGACCAUCCAAACGCCAAAGCAGCAUGGAAAUCGGCAACUCUUCCAAAGGCCUUAAAACGGCUGAAAACGAUCAAGUUCAAGAGGAGGAGCAAGUCUUCGAAGAUCUUUCGACACUCCAAGAUGUUUCGAACUACAGUCACGUCCGACCAUUGAACAUUUUUGAGAAGUUCAGAUUUGCCAAGUGGCCAAAUUUCAAAGAAGAAAAUGUCACUGACCCAGACGAGAAUAACUCCUGGGUAAAAACGGUGCCAAGAAAAGUUCACGAGCGGACUUAUGAAGACAACAAGGCCUACGAGUCCAUCCAGUUCAGCUAUUUUAAUCCGCGAAUGGACGAGUGGAGUGAUGAGGUUAAAAUCCCUCACGAAAGCCAACUGCCAACGAAAAAGCCCAAGAUAAUCAGACGAAAAAGCCGAGUCCCAGCGAUGCCUCCAAAAAAGGGAACGGAACCAAAAGAGGGAGAGGAGAAAGAACCGGCGAAGCCGAAAAGAAAGACGGUGAAGGAACGAAAAGCUGAGCGUUUUGCUAGCCAGGACUUGAGCCAAUUCAUGUCGCGAAAAAGAUGA